AAAGCCCACGCGAGUUCCUGAUCCAGGCGCUGGAAAGGGUGCAGGCUGCAAGACGAGCCGAGGUGGAGUACCCUCACCUCAUGGACGAGGCCAACCUGGGCGCCAUGUUCCAGCUGCUGGACGUCGUGGGCCAAGGGCGCAUCACGCCCGCGCAGUACAGGGAAGCUCUUAAAACUUUGGGAUUGAGCACUGAAGAUCUGCAGCUUGAAGAUGAUGUGAAUAUCACAGUGGAUGUUUUCAAGGAAGAGGUGUAA